AUGGGAAGCCCUGUCCGAGAAAGCAGCAGUCCCGCUGCCUCCGGCCCCUCCGCCGCCGCAGCCCCGACGCAGCCCUCGACCAAGGCAGCGGCCGCGGCCCCGAGGCUCAACAGGGACAUGGAAAUGGGCAGUCUGCCGGCCGCCGACGGCGCUGAGCCGGCGAGCGACAUUAUGCAGCUGGCCAGGGUGGGCGACGUCGGGGCCAUGGAGAAGCUGUUCGAGUCGGGCGAGUACGAUGCCACGUUUGUCGAUGACGAGGGCAUCACGCCGUUGCACUGGGCAGCCAUUAACAAUCAGUAUGCCAUGUGCAAGUUCCUCCUCGAACACGGCGCCGAGAUCAACCGCAAGGGCGGCGAGUCGGUCGCCACGGCGCUGCAAUGGGCCGCCCAGCGCUGCCACUACUACACGGUCAACCUGCUCCUCCACCACGGCGCCGACCCGCUCAUCACCGACGCCCAGGGCUACAACACGCUGCACAUCUCCACCUUCAACGGCAACGUCCUGCUCAUUGUCCUGCUGCUGCACCAAGGCAUCCCCGUCGACGUGCUCGACAGCUAUGGGCACACGUCGCUCAUGUGGGCCGCCUACAAGGGCUUCGCCCAGUGCGUCGACGUCUUCCUGCGCUGGGGCGCCAGCGUCCACGCCACCGACGAGCACGGCUUCACCGCCCUGCACUGGGCCCUCGUCAAGGGCAACCCCGGCUGCGUCCUCAAGCUCAUCGAGUACGGCGCCGACCGCUUCGCCAAGACGGACACGGGCAAGACGCCCGCCGUCACCGCCAGCGAGCUCAACACGCAGCCCGUCUGGCAUCGCGCCCUGAGGGAGUGCGGCUACGACGUCGACGGCCACCCGGCCAUGCCGCCCUGGCCCGGUGCGAGCUAUUUCUUAAAGGACAAGAGAAUGUUUGCCACCCGCUUCCUCUUCCUCUGGCCCUUUGUCCUCACUGGAGCCGUCCUCUUCGCCCUGUCUCGCUUUCCCAUCUUCCUCGGCCUUCCUAUAGCCGGCGCAAUCGUCUUCGGCGUCAUGUCGUGCGCCAAGCAGGUCAUGGAGUACGCGCCAUCCGACAUGCGUCACUUUCACAAGACGCCCUGGAUGGCCGGCAUCUUUGCAGGCUCGCUCUUUCUCGUGGGCCUCAACUGGCUCUUUGUCGUCCUGCCAGCCACAACCCGGUCGGGCAACGGGGUGACAGAUACCCACUUCUUCCUCAACUUUGUCUUCGCCGUCUUGUAUUGCCUCACGACCUUUUUCUACGCCGCAAACAUGAGAUAUGAUCCCGGGUUUGUGCCCAAGCUCAACGGCAUUGCCGAGCAGCGGGCCGCCAUCGACGAGCUGCUUAAGGAGUGGAAGUACGACGAGUCCAACUUUUGCGUUACGUGCAUGAUUAGGACGCCGCUCCGGAGCAAGCACUGCCGUAGGUGUCAGCGAUGCGUGGCCAAGCAUGAUCACCACUGCCCGUGGGUGUACAACUGCGUCGGCAUCAACAACCACCGCCAAUUCUUCCUAUAUCUCAUCUGCCUCACGCUCGGCAUUAUUGCCUACGACUGGCUGUUGUAUGACUACUAUGGCAAGAUAUCGACGAAUGCCUCCGAGACCUGCAACGUCCUUGGGGCGAGCCUAUGCAAGCUCCUCAACGCGGACUCGUACACACUCAUCCUUGCUGCGUGGGUCUCGCUGCAGCUGGUUUGGGUCACUAUGCUCGUUUUUACCCAGUUCUUCCAAGUUUCCCGCGCCAUGACGACGUAUGAGAAUAUGACUGGCAUCCAUCUCAGCCCGCCGACAUCCAGGGCGCUCACGUCGACAGGCACGCCGCUGGACCCUAACAUUCCGCCACUCGCCUCGGCCACGGACGCGGCAGGCGGCCCCGCCAACAGGAACAAGGCAAGCGGCGGCAUGCUGAAGCAGUGGAGCCGAAUGCUCGGCGUGGACCCGUUCAUCGAAACCAUUGCAGGGCGGGCGGCGGCGACAGGCAAGAACAGGCGCAAGAAGAAGAACCCGUACAGCCGGGGCUGCCUCUCCAACUGCAAGGACUUUUGGUGCGAUCCCGCGCCCAUUUUCGGCCAGCGAGAGAACGGCAGCGCCUUGCUGGGCGGCGGCAAGGUCGACUACACGGCCAUGUACGAGAGCCCGCCCCUGAUGCGGCUGACGGGCAUCCGCACGCGAGGAGGGUACGAGGCGUUGGGGGCGGAAGACGUGUAA